AAAGCAGCGGCAAGUUCUCACCCAUCUCCCAUGAUGCAUUGCACUUGGUUACAGGAGGCGGUAGCUCUUGGAAACUCUUCUCGUCAACGCUCUCUGACUUUUCUGAUUUAACGGUUCUCGCACGCGCCUAGUGUUUACUGCAGUUUGACACACCUUUUGUAACUUUGAUCACAGACACGAUUUACUAUUGUUGUUUGUUAUUGUUAUGUUUGAACACGAAAGACAAAUAUUUUGUUAAAUUUUGUUAUUUCUUUAAAGGGGCGGGGCCGAGCUCCCACACACACACACACGCACUCCUUGUCUCACGCAUUCACAUAACUUUACUGUGGAGCGCGCGGCGCAGCACAAAGCGCUGUGCCGACCUUUCAGAGAAGCAGCUCCGCACCGCAGCUGAGAGGAGAUGAAGAGACGGCUCCAUAAGAAAUACUUGGUUCUGAUUCUGGCUUAUUCCGGGUUACUGCUGCUCAUCCCCUACGUGUUAGAUUACCGGGACAAAUCCGCGCAACACGCGGGCCAUGGACUCCCGCAGCAACAGCCCAGAUGCCCAGAUCUGGAGAACACGGUGGCGCUGCUGUGGGAUAACGGUUACAAAGUCAACGGCAGCGACGCGACGGAGAACGCCGCCAACCGGAGCCAGUCCCGGGUUAACAUCUACGUGCACGCCACCUGGAGGACCGGCUCCUCGUUCCUGGGGGAGUUGUUCAACCAGCACCCCGAUGUUUUCUACCUGUACGAGCCGAUGUGGCACAUUUGGCAGGCGCUGUACCCGGGGGACGCCGGCAGCCUCCAGGGCGCCGUGCGGGACAUGAUGAACGCCCUGUACCGCUGCGACUUCUCCGUGCUCAAACUUUACGCUGGCACGCAAAACAUCACCACGUCGUUCAUAUUCGGCUGGAAAAUGAACAAGGUGAUCUGCUCGGAGCCGCUGUGCGAGGGGCACAAGCGCCACGAAGUCGGGCUGGUGAAAGAGGACCAGUGCGCAAAGUGCCCAAAGAGGGACAUUAGGGAGCUGGAGAGGGAGUGUAAGAAGUACCCCGUGAUGGUGAUCAAAGGAGUCCGCGUUUUGGACCUGAGCACACUGGUGCCUCUGAUGAAGGACCCGGCGAUCAACCUCCAGAUCAUCCAGCUCUUCAGAGACCCGAGGGCCGUGCACAACUCGCGGCUCAAGUCCAAGCAGGCACUGGUGAAGGAGAGCAUCCAGGUGCUGAGGAGCAAGAAGCAGGCUGACAAGUACAAGCGGUUGCUGGUUCCGAGCAACAGGGUGAACCGGGCCGAGAGCUACGUCUCAAGCGCCAUGGAGCUCAUCUGUGACAACUGGUUCAGUGACAUAAUGCUGGUGAUGAACGCGCCCCCGUGGGUGAGGAGGAACUACCUCCGCAUCCGUUACGAGGACCUAGUCCUGCACCCCAUGGGGGAGCUCCAGAGGCUGUACCGCUUCGCCAACCUAUCCAGCGUCCCUGCUCUGGAGACAUUUGCGCUCAACAUGACGCACGGUCAGGGGUACUCAUCGGACAAGCCCUUCCUGAUAUCAUCCAGGGAUGCCAAAGAGGCCAUAUAUGCGUGGAGGGAGAGGCUCAACGUGGAGCAGAUCAACCAGGUGGAGGCCUACUGCAGUGAAGUCAUGAGGCAGCUGGGGUAUCAGAAAAACAACUUGGACAAAGCCACAUGAGGAUGUGGUUAGAGGACUCGAUGGGUUUAAGGGGCCUUGUAUUCAAGGCUGAGGGUGAAAGGCGGAAUAACAAAACAAGCAGCUGGAAUGUGGUCCACUAGUGAGCACGUCUCUUGGGUUGUUUUUCUUCAGCCGAGCCAGGUCGAUGAAGUGGAGAGAAUCCGAGUCGACAGAGCAGCCAAUCGGAGCCAGAUGAAUUUGAAACGGGAGGAGGGCAGCUUAUUAUUACAGUGUUACCUGUAUAACAUCAACAGGGCCUGGACACAUAUAAAGAAUGUGGGGAGGGGAAAUAAACAGAAGAAAUAGGGCUAGGGCUGGUUUGCACUGCCGCCACACCGGCCUCCCUCUUUCCUACUGUCCUUUUAGUAGCACUAAUCCCUCCUCAAAUCCCCUGCAGGCGAGGGCCAUAAAAAGCUCAAGAUGGGUCCUUAUCUGGAGAUGACGGCCAGGAUCCAGCGUGGCAGCAUCAGGUUCGCUCACACCUGAAUGACUUAUCUGUCCAGCUUAUGACUAAGCGUGGCAGUAAUCUCGAGCAACACUGACACUCAAUAACGGCAACUGGCUCACUAACAGUGCUAAUGUAGAGCUCUGAAAGAAGAAACUACAGUAUUUUCUGCAAAGGAGGCCUCGUUGAGGAACUAUUGUUUCACCCCCGACCCCUCCGGAAUCUGGACAGCUGCAGCACCCCACUGACAAAACACUCACAUGGGUGUGACAUUUUUGAAGAGCCAAUGGACGCGUCUCGGAAAUCUGCCUCCGUCCUCUGCCAAUGGACUUUUCCACAAGUUGCCACAAACAGCAAUCGGUACUGAAUCGUAUUGUGUACCAUUCUUACUGUUGUUUCUAGUUUUGUCAAAAAUAUUGUAUUUGUAAAAUGCUGUGAUAUCCCUCUGGUUAAGGAUGUGUUGAGGAGGGGUGAAAUAAUAACCAGCAUUCAUGUGUUCAACUUUAGAAGUUGGUUGUGUGAUAUUAAUUGUUCUGGGUGGUUAACCUGAAGUUCUCUUGUCAAAGAAAGAAAUAACCUGUAUGCUAUUUAAACUGACUGCAACAAAGAGUUAGUAAAAAUCUGAAGAACAAGUGUGUGAUUGCUGUGCAUGUUGAUGCAGACUGCCAUGAUUACUGGAUGACUCAAUAUUCAUUAAUUGUCCUUAAUGUUUUGGCUUAGUUAUAUACCCUUUGUACAGAAGAAUAUAAGGCUCAGACAUAAGAAAAAAUAAGACGAUUUUGAGAAUGAAGUUGAAAUGUGGAGGAUAAAAUUGAACAAAAUCAGAGAAAUAUUAUAUUAUAUUGAAUAUCCACGAUUAAGUCAGAACAUGACUUGAAAUAGAACUUGAAAUUUCAAGAUAUUACACCUUUAUUUUAUAAUCUUUUAGUAUUCAUCCUUAUGCCUCUACAAAAUGAAUGUAGAUCCAUCCAUUACCCAUUCCUCUUUAUCCUUUCAAUGGUUGAGGGGCCUGACACUGACAAUGGGCAAGAAGCAGGGUACAACCUUGACAGACCCUUUUCCAGAUGAAUUGGUGAAACUGUUCUCCAGAAUCAGUUACGAGGAAACUAUAUCAGCAAAGAAACAACAUGCGAAUCGCCCCUCUCCUCAUUUUUUCCUAUGCCUGGCCCUAAAACUCUCGUACCAGUAGAAGUGAAUGGAGGCUUGAAAACAUAAUGAGCUUACAGGUGACGAGUGUGAAGUUUUUAUUUGAAUAGGUCAAAAUACUUGAUUAACACAGUAGUUAUUCUUUAAUUGUACAUGCGUGAUCAAAAUGAGCUCUUAGGCAGUUGAUCUGAUUGGGCCUUCAUAAUCUUAAAUACAAUAUAAUGCUGACAAUAACCCAUAAUCUUGUGCAUUUCUUUAACAUGAAAUAAUGUACAAUUGGUCCUUGGGAAAUCAUGUCAUCAAUGUACUUUGCACAUUACCU